AAUCGAUUAAUUUCUUUAUAAGCGAUGUCAUUUUGUUUAUUAUUAUUAUUGUCAGUAAAGUAAAGGAGAAGUGAUAUUAAGCAUAAGUAAUGGUGAGAGUGGCUGUCAUUGGUGUCGGGACUCUAGGGGUCAAAAUUGCAGGUUCAUUAGCCUAUGGGGGACAUGAGGUGAGAGUUCAGGACCAGAACACCGUUACUCUCAAUAAAGUGUCGCUAAUUAUAAACGAAGACAAAAGAAUCCUGAAAGAGGACGGACUCAUAACAAACACGAAUUUUCUUGGAGAGGUGUAUUGCUUCACCAAAUUAGAGGACGCCGUCCGGGAAGCGGAGUUCAUCUUUGAAUGCGUUACUGAAGACAUUGUCGCCAAACAGAAUAUAUUCAAACAAAUAUCGAUGUGUUGCUCUGAUAAUGCAAUUAUAGCCACGAGUUCCAUGCGAUUAUCCAUCGAUCAGAUCAUCGAAAAUAUAAACUGCAAAGAUCGUUGUUUAGGCGUUCGCUUCUUAUAUCCGGUCUAUUUUGUACCCGAAGUUGAACUCUUGCCCUCAAGAACUUAUACAUCACUUCAGACAUUAGAAAGAGUUCGACAAUUUCUGGAGAAAAUGGGAAGAAUUGCUUUCUUUAGGUCUGGAAACGAACCGAUAGUUCUGAACGAACAGCAGAGAGAGGCCAGAAAAUCAGCAUUCGUACGACAAUUAUAUGAGAAUAAAGGCAUAAAUCAUAGAUUCGCGCAAACAGUGCCAGACUUGGGUGCAAUCAAUUCAGGAAAGACUGAACCUGAAAGCGAAUCCAGUGGUGAUCAACAAUCAAUUAUAAUACGGGAUAAAGAAUGUGUUAUUUGUAUGGAUCACCAAAGAGACUGUGUGUUGCAUCCGUGCCAUCACUUAUGUGUAUGCAUUCAAUGCGGACGUCUUCUGCUGAAGAGA